UGAACAUCUGACAGUGUGUUGGGAUCCGGAAAUCCUCGUGCCUCACCGCUCAAAAUGGAUGCCUUUGGCGACGCAGGACUUCGCGAGAGCUUCUGGGAUCUGCACAGGAAACUGGGGCAGAGCUACCAGGCCUUGUAUGCCGAGUUCACCAACCUGAAACGUGGCGCAGACUUGGAUAUUUUGGAAGAGGAGCCUUUCGCACCUCCGGCAAAGGCGCACACUGGCACGUUGCCAGAAGCGCACGACAUGUUCCUGGACCAUCGUCCCCGGACAGGCGACUCAAGUGCGGCACCAACCUCACCAGGGCUUCCAGAGCGGUGGCCGGCAAGCCCUCCGAGCGGUCCACGCUUGAUGCCACUUCAACGUGCACGUGCAGGGACCAUGGAAGGAGCCCUGUCUAUGUCCUCCUAUGGCCAAGGUGGACUCUCCUUGGCCCAACUGAUUAGUCCACGGCCGUUGAACCGGAACAUCAGCGCUCCAACAGGUCCAGGUCACCACGCUGAGAGGCGAACCAUGUCACCUGACGUUCUGCCUCAACGAAGACUCAGUGGUAGUGGAGUGGCAAGUAUGAAUGCCCGAAUCUUUAUGGAUAUGGUGACCCCGGACAGAUACGCGGAUGACCGGAAGGCGGCUGUUGAGAAAGAGCCCAAGAUGGAAAAGGUGGUCUCGCGGAAAAAUGUCAGUAUCAACUUGGCGGGGGUUGCGUCAGAGAGCAUGCUGAGCGAAAGCAUGGACGACGACUUGGAAGCUUUGCACAGGCCAAGACAAUGCUUCACCUCGGUGAGUUUGCAGCCCAAAGCCAGCAUGAGAUUGGCAAAAGUGGAGCAGGGCAUCGGGGGACGAGGAUCGAAGAUUCUGGAAGACUUGCUAUCGACCACGCAGAAGUCCAGAGCUGGCUGCGAUGACAAGUUUGUGAUGACGCCUGGUGGCCGCUCACGUGCCAUUUGGGACGCCUUGCGGAUGCUUUGUGUCAUCAUAGACAUCGUGGUGAUCCCAUUGCGCUUCUUUGACUCCCCGAUCGGUGACGCGAAACAAUCGCUGAGUGUGUUUGCUUUAAUCUUCUGGACCUGCGAUAUCAUCGCGUCCUUCCGCACAGGAUACUUCGAGAACGGCACUCUGGUGAUGGAGUCCCAGAAGGUUGCCUGUCACUAUUUGAAGCGUGCUUUCAUUUUUGACUUUGCUGUGGUUCUCUUGGACUAUAUCCUCUUGGGCCUUGAUGGCUUCGGCCCUGUGGAUCAGCUGCCAGAGCCCAUUCGAAUCGUACAGUUCAUCCGUAUGAUCCGAGUUGGAAGGCUGUAUAAAUGGAAUCAGAUGUUCUUCUCACUGCGGGAGCGCAUUGAAUCCAACAAUUGGGUCGCACGAAUAAGUAUUCUGAACAUCAUCUGCCAGAUUCUGCUGCUGUACCACGUGGUCGCUUGCAUUUUCUUUGGCAUCGGCAAGUUUUACAAAGGAGAGAUCAGCUGGAUCGAACACUACGGUCUGGCUGAGCAGAGCUUCGCGUACCAAUACUCCACGACCCUGCAUUGGGCGCUGUGCCAACUAGGAAUGGGCUCCAACAUCAUCGAGGCGACCAACCUGCCAGAACGGCUUUUUGGGAUCCUAGCGGUCCUUGUGGCAGUGGUCACUUUCUCGUCUUUGGUCAGUUUGAUGACCAGCUUGUUGACGAGCCUUCACAACGAGCGGGAAGAAGAGCUGCAUCAAUUCCGUUUGCUUCGGAGCUUCCUGGUGCGGAACCAGAUCGAUCGGGCCUUGUCGCAGCGUGUGACCCGCUUCUUGCAACACAGCUGGACCGUGCAGCGGGAAGCUCUCUCCGAGACCCAGGUGCCAUUGCUGAACCUUUUGUCGAAGAGCUUGCAGGGAGAGCUGCAAUUUGCCAGGCACAAGAGGAGCUUAAACUUGCUUGCCUUCGUGGACCAGUUGUUUGAAGGCGACAACCUUCAGCAAAAGGAUGUGGCACAUGACAUCGCGGCUUCGGCGAUCACACAGAAUGCCUUGGCCUCUGGUGAGGUGGUGUUCUAUUACCAAAACCUGGCAGAGCAUGUCUUCAUGGCCCAUUCGGGAUCUCUCGCCUACUGGCAGAAUGGUGGGAAAACCGUGGCAAAGGCAGACAUUUGGAUCGCUGAGAUGUGCUUGUGGACACCAUGGUCUUUCGUUGGAGACCUCAUCACACAGGAAGUCACUGUGUUUGUCUCCAUCAAUCAAGAGAGAUUCUGCGACAUCGUUUGCAAGAGCCCGGACACGCAGCACAUGGCGAAGUCUUUUGCAGAGGAUUACGUGAGCAGCUUGAACCUCUACAGAGUGUCAUCAGACCUUUGGCAAUUCCCAGGGGAGGAGCUGGAAGAUGAUCACGGAAGGAAUAAGUUCAACAUUUUUGGAGCCAAAGACAGGAAGCGGCGAGCCAGCGUGCUGAAGGGCCAGAAGUCCGACAAGUGCGAUGAGCUGGAACGUGCAAACAACCUGCUCCCAGCAGCCAACGGGUUGCCUGGCAUCGUGGAUUUUGAAGGUUUCGAGGCGACGACGGGCGCGAGGCAUGGGGUGUGAGAGGUCUGACAAGUCGCAACACCGCGCUCUGGAUGAAGUCUUUCUAGUGAUUUCGUCCCAGGCGGCCCAUGCGGUCGC